AGCCACCGUAUCACGUGACCAGUGACGUCUGGUCUUACGCAUGGAGGCGCACAUGUAGCGCAAGCUGACCUCGUCUAAAAUGGAUUUAUGUUCCACUGUGUGCGGAAUACUUCAAUAGUUUGAGACAUACAUGCUUUUAUCUGCUUUGGAUGUCUGCAAGGGCACUGUGGCGUCAAGCAGCUACGCUGCGCGUAAUCGCCCAUUCACCAUGCGGGCCGGUGUACAGAGCUCAGCAUCUCUCCUCAGAGUGGAAAAAUGGAAAAGUCCAGAAGGAGAAAAAGAGCCAAACAGUGCAACAUCCACCAAGUGCAGACAAUGCCGAGGGGUGCUCGCUGGUGUACAAUCCCUCUGCUUACUACCAAUCCAGAACAGAGCUCUCCGCCAUCCAGAGAGGUUCACUGAGAGAAGAGGAAACCUCUGAGCCCAUCCCAGGUGCUGGGUUCAGACAGCAGAGUAAUCACUAUAUGAUCGGUUCCUCGCGCCACUUAUCCAUCUCUAAAAAUGCCCAGCUUGGUUUUGGUUUUAAUCGAGAAGUAGCCUACAAAGGGCGUAAAGUUGAUCAUUCUAAAGAUGAUAUCUCCACAUAUGUAAAAAGGGACACGCGUGCCUUUCAGAGGUGCAGGCCUGAGUAUAGCAUGAUGACCUAUGACGUGUCCCAGCGUCCACCUGCUAUUCAGAUAAAAGAUGGCUUGUUACUACUUCAUAAAGCUGCCCUGAUGAAAAACAUUGAUGCCUCAAAUAUAGCACAUUUUCUUUGCGAACUUGGCCACUUGGAACCCGAACAGACCGUGACGGUCAGAGGCAACAUGCGUUUCUCCAUGCUGCUGCGAUACAGUGUGGAGAACCUGCAAAACUUUACAAAUCUGCAGCUGAUUGAGGUUUUGCGUGCCUUUGUGAGACUGGGAUUGUCCCACCACCACAGCAUACUGGACUUGUAUGAAGCUGAAUUCAGCCGCCGGACCAAUGAGAUGGAGCUGCACCAGCUUCUACUCGUGGCUGACCUGUGGCGAUGCCUCGGACGGUCAGUCCCGCAGUACGUGGAAAAAUUGUGUGACUGCAUUAGCAAGCAUUUUAACCAGAUGGGUCCACCAGAGCUGGUCCAGUUUGUGUAUAUACUAGGAGAAAGUCGACAGUGUCCUGCAUUUGUUCUUCAGUGUCUAGAAGGCAUUAUAAUGCGCCAUCUAGAAGAGCUGAAGGGUGAAGAAGUGGGUGCUGUUUGCUUGGGUCUGUUCAAAACUCAGAACUCACUCUCAGAGGGAGCAUUGCGCAGGCUUGUGGACCGAGCCUGUGUUGUAGUUAAGGAAAUGAGUGACUUUGGCAUUGUGAAUGUGAUGAAACUAAUGAGAUUCAGCCACCUGGACCACCUCCCCUGGUUGGAGACCCUUAGCUCUGAAGUGCCCCGCCGUGCUCCACAGAUGGCCGUCCAGGGCUUAAUGCACAUCGCUUUGACCUGCUCUGCACUGCACUACCGUGAUGACCGUGUUCUCCUGGCGGUAGCAAAACGCCUACCCCAUUUACCAUCUCAGUACAGGAGCAAAGAUGCUGCUAAGCUUCUGUGGGCAUUUGGCAACCUGGGCAUCCUUCCCAGCCAGUGCCCCAGCCUUCACCCUCGACUCACAGAAGUCCUGCGAGACAGAGAGUCGGAAUUCCGCAGCUACCCUGAACACCUCUUAACAGCCCUGCUUGGCUUGGCAUUUGUGGGUCAGUUCCCGCAUGACUUGCUGAGUUUGGCUUUAAGCCCUGAAUUCACAAACCAAGUCACAGGAUUGAUAGAUUUGAAGAAGGAUCUCUUCACUCUGGAUGGGACGGUGGCGAUUGAGCUGCCUGGCUGGACCGGGCCACGGAUGAAUCCCACAAUCCAGGAGGAGGUGACUAAACAGCUAUGGGAUUUUGCUGAGUCUGAAUUGUGUCAGAAACCAGAGGUUCUUGAAGCAGAGGCUAUUCUCCAGGAGCUGCUGGGAGGAAAGGUAUUCGUGCACAAGCGAAUGAUCUUACCACAUAUGCGCUCUAUCGACCUCGAAGUGCACUUGGAUCCCAGUGGAAAUCCUCUGCCUGUUGCAUCUGAGACCUAUCAAAGCCACUAUAAUCCAGACAAGGGAUCAUUUUGGCCUUUGGAUUGGAAAGAAAUGCACACAGGAGUGACCCUGACAGAUGAUCUGUUGGCACAGUUGACCAGUGGCAAAAAAACAGCCAUGUCAACGACUAUGUCCAGCCAGCAACCAAUUCUUCGUCCUGUGGAGGUGUCCAUCAAAAGAGAAAGUAUUCUAAGUGUGGGAGUUGACCUGACUGAUGAUCUCCUGCAUGCUAUAACAAAACGGCAGCAUUCUUCCAUCCACAGCCACGCUACCUCAGAGUCAGCAAUUGCUCGGCUUGCGGUUCAAGUGACCAGUAGAAACCAUUAUUGUUACAGGACACAGAGGUUAACCGGGCUGUACACGAUGAAGAGGAGGCAGUUAGCUUUGGCAGGGUAUACAGUUGUGGAGCUUCCACAUUGGGAAUGGUUCCCACUGCUCCGACGCUCCCUCGCUGAGAGACUUGCUUACAUGCACUGCAAAAUUUUUAGUAGUUUUGACUCCCGAAAUAGGAAAUGAUUUCUAAUUUGUUGUCUUAAAGUGCAUUUGAUUAUUAUUUGUGGAUGUGAACAACAAUUUUUAGUUACAUAAUUGUAAUAUAUAAAAAGUGAAAAUAAAACUUAAAAAGAAGGAUGUAAUGCA